AUUGCGCGGGUAAGUUUGUUUGCUAGCUAGCAUGCUUAGUAAGGUUGGCUUCAUAGCAUUCAUUGCCAUGGUUAUCAAUUGUACCGCUGAAAUGGAACGUAAAUCACAGAAAAUAAAGUGGUGACAGCUGCAUAGAAGUACUUGGAGGUACGAUAUUUGACAAGAGUUAAAGGGUGUAUAGGGAGAUGGUGUCCCGUCCGCCCAGGCCGUUUGCAUGGUGUACUGUACGACCCGAUAGGAUCAUGUAGUGGAAUGGUAGUGGGUUUUUAAUGAGUAGGUGGCAGCUGCAGAGAAGUACCUGGGUGUACGAGAUUUUACUGCAGAAGAGGUAAUGGGGUGGUGAUUUUAAUGAAAUAAUGCUAUAUACUGUAGGUGUAGGGUUAGUUGGUGGAUUUAUUUAUUUUAGGAACAGGAAUAAUGAGAAUUUAAUGUAGAUAGGAAAUGACUGGCCUUACUUUAGUACAGUAGGUGGCGGUGUAUGUACAUUUAAAUUGGAUGCGAUCCGCCAAUCCCGAAGGAGAAUCAAAUCAAAUUUAUUUAUAAAGCCCUUCUUACAUCAGCUGAUAUCUCAAAGUGCUCUACAGAAACCCAGCCUAAAACCCCAAACAGCAAGCAAUGCAGGUGUAGAAGCAAUGCAGAGAAGAAGCUAGCUGGCUUGUGUUUGUAGUCAAAUAAUAACAAAGAUGUUCAACGAAAGUGUUUUUCGUGCGCGUGUAGCGUCCGUUAUGGAAACUUUAACAGCAACAGCCGUGCGAGCAGUGUGUCAAAUAAUGGAAGAAAGCUACGCUGCUCUUCGUGUGGAAAUGGAGUGUAGCCACGAACCGAACAGGAAGCCCCUGGCGAAGGAGACUGGCACAGGGAUGGAUAAUGAGAAGGAGACUGUACAAGCAUUGAACCCUUGCAGUUCUUCUGAUCGUAUACAAAUGGCAGGUUUGAGAAAGACUCCUGUUGAGGAACAGCAGGAUGAAGAAGAGGCCAGCGGUGCUGAUACGGAAGAUGAUCCCACAGGUCAUGAUGAUUACACUCCACUGUUACCGAUGACAUCGCAAGGACCAUCACAGCCUGUUAAACCAAAGACCACAUCGUCUCUGGUUAAGCUUACGGAAGAUGAGGUGCACCAUUCGAUUGUUCCUGUCAAUUCUCUGCUAUCACUCACAAGAUGCACAACCUGCUGCAAACUGUUCCACUGUCCACUUUGUCUCAGCUUUAAACCAACCAAACGCUCAAGAUUACAGCGCCAUGUUGAUGUGCACCUGAAAAAGGCAGUGUCUUUCAAAGAUAAAAAGAUUUGUAAAUGCAAUUUGGACUGUAGGACAGAUGGCCAUUAUCACUGCCCCCAGUGUGAGAGAACUAUCAUCAGGAGGGAUGCCAUGACAAGUCAUCUGCUGUUGUGUCAAGGGGCUUCAGCUCCUGUUUCAUCAUCUGCACUGCCCUCUACGCAUGCUGCACCGUCCACACCUUUGGUACUGCCCACUCCUGCUGUAAACCAGCGUAUUGAAAUCACCGCCCAUAACCAACUGCCUCAAAGUCCAGCCUAUAGGACUCUGACGACUAUGUGUGAUCACUGUGGUUUUGUGCUCCUGAGAAAGAACUUGAAGCAGCACCUGCUGAGGAAACACCCGGAGAUAGCCACUCCAUUGGAGGGAGCAGAAUCACAUCCUGUGUCUGUGGCACAACAACACGGCACCGUGAAACAUGCUGAAGGGACCAGGCGGAGACUGACCGCCACCUGCACCAUAUGUGGGCGUACGGUGACCAUGAAGAACAUGCGAGCACACAUGAACAGAAAACACCCUGAUUCCUGGUAGAUGCCUGCUUUGCAAACAGAGGCAUCAUAGCAUGAUCCCAGAUCUGUUUGUGCUAUUGCCUUUUGUCAUUGUCAAGCAAAACGACGGCCAUGACAGAGUACACAGAGUGGAAUGUUAGUUAAAGAGGUUCUGGAUUUCAGGCUAUAGGCUUCAUGCAUCAACUACUUCAUUGAUGGCUGAAUUCUAUUAUAAUUAUUUUUUACAACAAA